CCGCGAUGCUGUGGUUGUUGUGGUCGGGGCGGCAGCAGCAGCGGCAGAGGAGAGUCGACAGGCGUAGAGCGGAGCGGCUAACCGGCGCUGAUUUUUACAUGAUUAAAACACUAAACGGGAACGAAGACUCACGCGGAUCGAUAGAAACACACCUGAAGCGCACGUGCGGUCAUGGAGUCCUAUGACAUUUUAGCUAACCAGCCGGUGGUGAUCGAUAAUGGGUCGGGGGUCAUCAAGGCCGGCUUUGCGGGAGACCAGAUCCCCAAAUACUGCUUCCCCAACUACGUCGGGCGUCCGAAGCAUGUGCGCGUGAUGGCGGGAGCCCUGGAGGGAGACCUCUUCAUCGGACCCAAAGCCGAGGAGCACAGGGGCCUGCUGUCGGUGCGGUACCCGAUGGAGCACGGCAUCGUGACCGACUGGAAUGACAUGGAGCGGAUCUGGCAGUACGUUUACUCCAAGGAGCAGCUGCAGACAUUCUCCGAGGAGCAUCCUGUGCUGCUCACAGAGGCUCCUCUGAACCCGAGCAAGAACAGGGAGAAGGCAGCUGAAGUGUUCUUCGAGACUUUCAACGUGCCGGCACUCUUCAUCUCCAUGCAGGCCGUGCUCAGCCUGUACGCCACAGGCCGCACCACCGGCGUAGUGCUGGACUCCGGCGACGGCGUGACCCACGUAGUGCCCAUAUACGAAGGCUUCGCCAUCCCACACUCUAUCAUGCGUGUGGACAUCGCUGGGAGAGACGUGUCGCGGUACCUGCGGCUGCUGCUGCGUAAGGAAGGAUACAACUUCAACACGUCAGCUGAGUUUGAGGUCGUUCGCACCAUUAAAGAGAGAGCCUGCUACCUCUCCCUGAACCCUCAGAAGGAUGAGACCUUAGAGACCGAGAAGGCUCAGUACGUCCUCCCCGACGGAAGCACUUUAAACAUCGGCCCCGCUAGGUUCCGUGCCCCGGAGCUGCUGUUCAGACCCGACCUGAUCGGAGACGAGAGCUCGGGCAUCCAUGAAGUCCUGGCCUACGCCAUCCAGAAGUCCGACAUGGACCUGCGGCGCACGCUGUUCUCCACCAUUGUGCUGUGUGGCGGCUCCACGCUCAUCAAAGGCUUCGGCGAACGGUUACUGACUGAAGUAAAGAAGCUUGCACCCAAAGACGUGAAGAUCAAGAUCUCGGCCCCCCAGGAGAGGCUGUACUCCACGUGGAUCGGUGGCUCCAUCUUGGCGUCGUUGGACACCUUUAAGAAGAUGUGGGUGUCGAAGCGGGAAUAUGAAGAAGACAGAGCGCGUGCCAUCCACAGGAAGACCUUCUAGGCCAAUGCCCCCUCAGAACUGUCCUCAUUGCUCCCCCCCCACCAUCAAACGCUAAAGGCUCCCUGACAUCAGUGGGUCCUUCCUCCCUCUCCUCCUCCUACCUACAUCCUCCUGCUUCUAACCCACCGUUGGCCUCCUGCUCCUCAACCUGCACACACACACACCUUUAUGUGUGCUCGACUCCAUAUUUACCUCCUCUGUCCCCCUCCCCUCCAUGUUCUUCCUGCUGUCAGGUGGCGGUGACAGCACGCUCUGAACGUGACACACACACGCCCACACACACAUGCAUGCGCACACACAGACACACAUACACUCACACACAGACAUGCGCGCACACACAGGGCUGUGGGGCGUGCUGGAGGUUGCGGGUGGUGCUGUGGAUGCUCUGAGCUCCACACUGAAGCCUGUGAGGCAUGAUGACAUCAUAAACCUGAAUGUUUUGUUUGCUGAUGUUCAGAUUUGAUUUCAUGUCUGUUUGUAGCUUCUCUCUGACAUGAAGCUCUGUGCUAUUAAACUGUAUUAUAGAUCUGAUCUGCACAUGUAUUCUGUCAGCACGGUUCAUUUAUCGCCGCCGCUCAUGAUCUUCAUUACCAAUGAAAUGUUUUUUAGGUGAACAUGGCAUCACGUGUUUGUGUGCGGAGGAAAAUGUUCAGCAAUGUCUUUAUGUCGGCUUUUUGUCCGAGCUGACAGAUUAAAACAAAAUUUGGGAAAAGCUUCA